CUCAGCGCAAACACUCAGAUUUCCUGUGGGAGCAGACCAUCUGUGGAUUUUGGAACUUGAUUCACAAAGCUUAGCUCACGUUAUCAGUCAUGGAGCGUAUGAAGUUGGUCCUGCAGUACUUCCAGUCCAACUCAGAGUCCAUCUCUAAUGGAAUCUGCAUCAUCCUGGCUCUGGUCAGCGUCAAGCUCUACACCAGCUUUGACUUCAACUGCCCGUGCCUUCCUCAGUACAACAAACUGUACUCUCUAGGAGUGAUGAUAGUCCCACCCAUCAUUCUCUUCUUUUUGGGGGUCCUCGUCAAUCGACAUACAGGCGUCAUGAUGGACGAGUGGACGAGACCAGUUGGGAAUCGAUCCAAAAAUCCUGCUGUUGUUAAAUACCUGUUUUCUGCCAUGCUCCAGAGGGCCCUGCUCGCUCCGAUGGUCUGGAUUCUGGUCACUUUGUUGGAUGGCAAAAUUUUCAUCUGUGCUUUCAGUGCAACUGUAGACCCUGGGCUUUUCUCAGGUGUGCCCAACAACACAGGUCUGGAUAUAAUUAAAAUCAUGGCCAAGGUGCCCUGCAAAGAGGAUGUUAUUUUCCGGAACAGCUCUUUCCGCAAAGCAGUCUCCCGAUAUGUUCGCUGUUAUUCUCAGGCGAUUGGCUGGUCCAUCCUCCUGUUCCUGAUCAUCCUGGGAGCAAUGGGACGGCUCAUCAAGCCCUUUUUCGAUGACCACGCCACCUUCUUGCAGACACGAUACUGGAGCAACUACCUCGAUGUGGAGCAGAAGCUUUUCGAUGAAACCUGUGUUCUGCACGCCCGUGACUUUGCCCGGAAAUGUGUGGUGCUGUUCUUUGAGGACAUGACAGAAGACUCCAUACUUCGUCUUCCACAUCCGCCCUUCAUCACCAACGGCAGUGAGAGCUGGGAAGAUGAAGAGGAGAGACUUCACGGGGUAACAAAGCAGGAGAAGGUGGACCAGUUGCUCAACAAGUGGUAUUACAGUAAACCAGAACUGGAUGUGACCAGGAAGGCACACAAACCCAGGCCAUGUGUAACCUGGGAGGACCGAGAAGGGAGGACUUUAUACUCAGAUGUUUAAGAUGGAGUUUGUGUUUGGUGUUUGGUGGCUGCAUGGCUAAAACAAUGAGUGAAUGCAAUGAGUGCAUUUUGUCCAUGGAAGUGAGAUUUUACAUCUCACCAGGUUAGAAACAUCUACUAGAGAAACUCUGAAGUCAGAGUAGAAAAUGUAAAUCAGUCAUUUUCCAUCGGUUCUGACUAAGAAAUCCAAUUUGGCUGUCAUUUGUAUUACAGCAUGUGGUGGUAACAUAUUUCAUUGCAUUAUUGGUGGUUUGUAUCCUAAUAAAUCCAUGGCAACACAGUGCACUAUGUCUGUGAAUAAACCCAUCAGUAAU